UGCUGCAGCUCCGGGCCCGACCAUGACUGUCACCUACUCACACCAAGUGGCUAAUGCCCGCCUGGGCUCCUUCUCUCGCCUGCUGCUGUGCUGGCAAGGCAGCAUCUACAAGCUGCUCUACGGCGAGUUCCUCAUCUUCCUGCUCAGCUACUACACCAUCCGCUUCAUUUACGGGUGCAGGCAGGGGGCCGGGGACACCAUUCUUCCAGCCCAGGGAGAGCGGGGAGCCAGGCUGCAAGGCUGCAGGGGGAUUCCCAGAGCCUCACCUGUCCCCAAGGUGGCAGAGCAGCUCACCAGCCCGCUUGGAGAAGAUGACUUUGAGACCAACUGGAUUGUGGCCAGGAGCUUGCAGGCGUCCCUGCUGGCCGUGGACGAGAUGCACCAGGACCUGCCCGCAGUGGAGCGGGGCCUGUCCUGGAACGAUCCGGAGCCACAGCCCCCCAACACGGCCGCUUCUGCCCAGUCUCGCCGACCCUCCUUUUUUGGCUCCACCUUCAAUGUCAGUCUGCACAAGGAAGAGACGGAGUUCCAGCCCAGCCAGGGGGAGAGGGGGGCGGGCAUGCACCCUGGCAUCCUCGGCCGCCCCCUGGGGCUGCAGGCCCACCACCACCCCAGCAGGACAAGCUCGAAGACCAAGCUAAUGUCGGGCUACCACAGUGCCCCCCAGAUGCCACUCAGCUCCACCCCCACGGUGUUCCCACCAGGACCCUCAGCACCCCCCAGUCUCCCAGGCGUCGACAACACUGUCAAAGACCAGAGCCCGCAGCCUGUGAUGCGAGGGACCAGGAGGAGUUUGGAGCUGCUCCCAGAGUGUGCAGGGGCCUCGAUGGAGUCCCCGGAAUUGUGUCACAGCAAGAGGAAAACUGUCGAGUUUCACCUGUCAGCCCCCGAGAGCCGUCUCCGAGAACCACAUACACAAUAGACAAGCAGCACACACACGACACUCACAGACCACCACCCCUGCUGGGCCUCGGAAAACAGGUCUGCGCUCUACCCCAACCAGCCCCACCCCAGCUCCUCUUGCUCCGAUUUCCGCAGGGCUCCAUCACUGCAGAGCCAGCUGGACCUGGCCCAGCGCUGGCUUGCGGCGCACACUUGGCCACCUCGGCAGGGGCCCUAG